UCGGCUCGCGCUCUCGCACCCGGAGCCCGGCCGCCACGGGGCACGAUGGACGCGGCGAUUUUGCAGAUCUUCAUCGGGGAGCUGGGCGACCCAAAUUGCAGCCUCGUGGACGCCCUGCGGGACACCCUCUAUGAGAACGCUUCCUUCUCCUUCAUGGACGCGGAUGGUCCUUACUGCAACGCGACCACGGACGAGAUCGGCACGUGCUGGCCGCGCAGCGCCACGGGGCGCCUCGUGCAGCGACCAUGUCCCGAGUUCAUCAACGGGGUCAAGUACAACACCACGAGAAAUGCCUACAGGGAGUGCAUGUACAACGGUACAUGGGCCUUGAAGAGCAACUACUCCAACUGCGAACCUAUCCUGGAGGAGAAGAGAAAGUACCCAGUGCACUACAAGAUUGCCCUCAUCAUAAACUAUGUAGGCCACUGUAUAUCUGUGGGUGCUCUCGUUGUGGCUUUCAUUCUCUUCUUGUGUUUGCGGAGCAUCAGAUGCCUCCGCAACAUCAUCCACUGGAAUCUCAUCACUACCUUCAUUCUAAGGAACAUCAUGUGGUUCCUGCUGCAGCUUAUUGACCACAAUAUCCACGAGAGUAAUGAGCCCUGGUGUCGCCUUAUAACAACCAUAUACAAUUACUUUGUGGUGACCAACUUCUUCUGGAUGUUUGUUGAAGGAUGCUAUCUUCACACAGCUAUUGUGAUGACAUACUCCACAGACAAGCUUAGAAAGUGGGUCUUCCUCUUCAUUGGGUGGUGUAUUCCAUUCCCAAUAAUUGUGGCGUGGGCUAUUGGCAAGCUAUACAAUGAAAAUGAGCAAUGCUGGUUUGGAAAAGAACCUGGAAAGUAUAUUGAUUAUAUCUAUCAAGGACCUGUAAUACUUGUGCUUUUGAUAAAUUUUGUUUUCCUCUUCAACAUUGUGAGGAUUCUUAUGACAAAGCUGAGAGCAUCCACAACUUCCGAAACUAUACAGUACAGAAAAGCUGUGAAAGCAACUCUGGUUUUACUGCCUUUGCUGGGGAUCACCUACAUGCUGUUCUUUGUUAAUCCUGGGGAGGAUGACAUCUCUCAGAUAGUUUUCAUUUAUUUCAAUUCUUUUCUCCAGUCAUUUCAGGGCUUUUUUGUGUCUGUAUUUUACUGCUUCCUAAAUGGAGAGGUGCGAUCGGCCGCCAGGAAGCGAUGGCAUCGCUGGCAGGACAACCAUGCUCUUCGGGUUCGAGUCGCCCGGGCGAUGUCCAUCCCCACUUCUCCCACCCGCAUCAGUUUCCACAGCAUAAAGCAAACGACUGCUGUGUGAUCUGGGGCCUUUCAUGGACCAAGUGGUCGCUCCUCCGUUUCUAUAAAUCCAUCGUUUUUUUGGCAGCUCCUUCAUGUUGACUAGGUGCAUUUUGCUCCAGAUCAAUAAACUUGAUAAACUGGAUGGAUGAUCUUAAGGAGUUUGUGAAACAGAAUGAUGUACCUCAGAACUUUGCCUGAGAAAAGACUCUGACCCAGACAAAUGCAGCUUCCCUGUAUGAAACGUCCGGUCCGUUUGCAAGCAUGUACAAGGAAUGGAUCAGAGGUAUGACUCACCAACAGAAUGCCUGGAACGGAGAAGACUUAAUGAUCAAGUGCCCCAAAAUGCACUAUUAUUGUAAGUUUUGUUAUUGUUAAUAAUUGUUUAUAUUUUAAGCUCAAAUUAUACUGCACAGAUCCAGUGUCAGUAUAGGAUUAUUUCAAAGAUUCAGUCACAUCUUGUUCAAGGGUCGUCAAACAUCAAUAACUGUUGCUGAAACACACAAAUAUAUAAUACAUUUAUAAAAUGAGGCCUAAGUCCCAGCCAGCUACCCCACUAUUCCCCCCACCACUUUGGUAUAUUGAGCGAAGGGUAUUCAAGAUAAGAACAAAUACAGAGUUUGCCUCUGUUUUGAGCCACAGUGAAGUCCAGCCACUCCAUUAUGAGCAGCUGGCCAAAUAUUUUUACAGAUAUGAUAUUAAACAGGGGU